UCAUGAAUCAUUUUGUUAUUUCAAUUGCGAAAGAAUUUCCCCUGUCUCGUGAGGAGUAUGCCAGGUAUAUAAGGAGUACUUUGCAGACGAUCGACAGGUACAGAGUCUGACACUACAAACCUUACAUCGCUGGAAGCCACGAUAGAAAAUCAUGUUUCCAUUGCUGUUACUCAUUUGGGCCAUGGCCCUUCCGGCCAGCAAUGCAAUCUCGGUUGAUCCCUCGUCAUCCGGCCAAGUCUCGCCUGUCGUGGCUCCACCGGGGUUCGCUGGUACCCCACUAGUUGCUCGGUCCAUUGAACCUGUCAUUUUUAGCGCCGUUCGUGCCUCCGAUAAGAGCCGAAAAUCCAACUCCAAGAUCUUUUUCGACACCACCUUGAGCGAUGUCGGGUUUGGCUGGAAUGCCAAAAGCAGUGAAUUCGUCUGCUUCUACCCUGGCUCGUAUUUCUUCACGUUUACAGCUGUAUCCGACUCGGGCUCUCACUUCAAAGCUGCUUUAAUGAAAAACAGUGAUGAGGUCGCCACUGUUUGGGGCGAACGAGUUGGCUACCAAUCUGCAUCCAAUACGGUGAUCUUGAAUCUAGAAAAGAACGAUCGCGUUUUUGUUAACAUGAAGGAAGGAGAAAUUUAUGAAACUUCAAAAGUAGGACGUGGCUACACAACUUUCUCAGGUUUCCGACUCUAUUAAAUUAAACUGUGUUUCGUCAUACCUUCCAGUUUAAGUUAACCUUUUCUACUUCAAUGCCUAAACAAAAUAUUCUAUGGAGGUAAUCUGUAUCCUGUAUCUCUGUCAAUAUACUAAAAGAAUAAAGACAAAUGCAAACCACAA